AUGGCCGGUCAAGACGAACAGGUUUUGAACCCAACUGAAGAACACUACUUAAAAAGAGAGCUGCUUCGAUUUCAACUGGAAUAUGAAAUGGAAGGGCUAAAUGAUCAGUUUGCCUUGAGAAAGUUUGGGUAUCCUUUUUCGCCAAACGAUCCAAAAGCUUCAGAGCCCGUUUUCGAUCACAAUUCAUCAUCACUUCCCAGUGGCAAAGGCAGUUUUAGCGCAAAUUAUCCCAUGUUGAGUUAUGUUCUACAAGAAUUCAUAUCUACUUUUCCUUUACUUUCAACCAAUCUAUCCGUUGACGAAAAGUUUUGGCAAAGCAAAGUCCAAGUAUUUUUUGAGCAUUUUAUGAGUCUUGGUUUUAGUGAAAGUUAUGACAGAGAAGAAGCUUCAAAAAGGAGAAAAAUUUCCAAAAAGUUAUCAAAGGUUAUAUUGUUGCUUUUCAAUUCUGGGGUAGGAUCCUCUCAAGAGAAGGCAUAUUAUAAUGAGGACAAGUUUGUUUUACAAUCGGGCCAAGCUAGGAAAAGGUCCAAUAUUGAAAAAUUCGCGAUGCCAACUAGAGAAAAUUUGGAGAAUUUGUUAACUAACGAAUCUAUUUUUAUCAAUGGUUGGGAUAUCAAUAUCAUAUCCGUGUUCAACAAGAAUACGCGGAAAUCUCAUGAUAAGGCAGAUAAUGAGAGGCCUCCUAAAAAUAAACCGAUUUCAACUUCUAAAAGCUAUGGCAUGAAGUCGCUGGCAUCCACUUCCAAAUGGAUGAAGAACACGUUCAACAGCACUAUCAACAGUACGAUAAACAGUAUGCCAGAAUCUUCCGCAUCUUUAUUUUCUAAAUUAUCUCUUGGCGUGCCUUCAUCCAAAGGCAAUAGAUCUAGAAAGCAUCAUUCUUUUUUGAUAAAAAUUAAAAAGCAAGAAAACGAUGAUGGCAACAGCACAGUAAACAACGAAAAUGGAACCUUUUCUGAAUAUGGCUAUAUUUCUAAAACCUACAGUGAUUUCAAAAAAUUAUCUCAUGAUUUGAAGUCUGAAUUUCCAGGUAAGAAAUGUCCUCGCUUACCUCAUAGAAACAAGAAAGUCACAUCGAUGGUGACUAAAACUGAAGUGCUGCGUAAUAGCCGAUCUAAGGCCACAACGCGAGAAAGGAUUGUUAAUACCUACGACACCGAUAUUCAAUCCGCAUCGGAUUCGGAAACGUCCUCGUUCUUACAAACAACUACUGAACCAUCUGUUACCGAAGCAACUCUUACUGAAAAGGAUACUGAAACUUUGAAGAAAAAUAUUUUAAAAGAAAUUAAAGAAGAAGAAAACGCUGAGGAAGAAGACGAAGACGAAGAAGGUGAGGAAAGUGAUUUUGACGAAUACAAAGAUGCGUCGGAUUCGAAAGUCAAUACUUUGGUUGGCGAAAAAAUGAGAACUUCAUUAAGGCAAUACCUGAGAAAUUUGUGUAAAGACUUGGAAGUUUCUCAAAGUGUCUCUCUUCAUCGGUUCUUCUUGAGCGGACCCAAACUAGAUGCGAAAAAUUUAGAACCAAAAAUAGUUGAGGAUAUCAAAAACAGAGCUCUAAUUGAUGUUAGUAAUUUGGAAAAUCAAGUACGUUUUCAACAAAUGGCAUUGGAGAAAUCUUUAAAAUUACAAGAUUCGAUGAAAGAUUUCAAAACCUCCCUAUUAAAAGAUGAGAAAUACUUAUUAAGUCUAUUAGGAGAAAUCAAGAAUAAUACGAAAGUUGAGAAUCUCUCACCACUUUUACAGGACUUUGUUGAAUGGUGUAAAAUUUAUAUUUCCUCGAUGAUCUAUCAGAUGUUUCUGGGCAAUGAUAACAGUUAUGAGCUGUAUACUCAAAUCAGGCGGUUACAUAAGCUCAUGCCGUACACGGUAAUGGGACAAAUCAUGAAAUUCACUAAUCCAAUUGCCGUCAUGAGGGGAAUGAUUGAGUUAUUCAUGGCUCAACCCUUUGGUGGUCAUUCCCUUCUACAAACGAUGUUCUCUACAAUUUUAACAGAUGAUUUGAAAACUCAAAAAGUAGCUAUAAAAGAAUUAGAAAAUAAAAUUUCUGAGAUGGACCCAGGAGCGCCAAAUGUGGUUAAGUGUUUGAAAGAUUUUAUUUUUUGUAAUGAUACCAAGGAUAAAGACGACGCCAGACACUUUACUAUGGAUGCAGUCAACGCGGAGGCAGAAUCCAUGAACAUGCCUGUACCAUUGAUCAUAUUGAUGAAGAGUGCAUCCGCAAACUUAAUUUCAGAUGGCGUUGUCGCAGGACUGAUUGAAUCCUAUUCUUCGUGGAAACUACAAAGAGAAGAUAUGGGCACGGUAGUUGAGACUGACGAAGAUCACACAGGUGUCUAUUUUGCUCAUGUUAAGGAUUUAUUGCAAUUAUAUAUAAAAGAGCAUGACAAGCGAUUGAUGAGGCAAUUAUGGCAAGAUCCUGAAUUAACUCAAAUGCUGAAGGCGAUAGUAACAAUGAUUUAUGAGCCAAUGGUCAAGAUUUUCAAAAUCGCAAGAAUGGAUGUUGCAUUAAAGAAUUUUGAAAAAUUUAUGAGUGAUUUGAUCAAGCUAGUUGAUGAUGUUAUCAAUGGACAAUUGGGCGUUUCUACUCAAUUCAAUAUCGUUGAAGGAAUCCAUAACUUAGUGACUAAACAUCAAGACGCCUUUUUUGAGUUUAUACACGAUGUGUAUUUAAACGAUUCGGAAGGUAUUUUUGAAGGUUUUAUUACCUGGAUUACUACGAUCGUGAAAUUUUUGCAAAAGAGCAAAUUUGGGCAGCCUGGUGAAAGAAUCGAUCUGAACAAUUUGAUUUCUAGAGAUGACAUCGAUAUCGAUGUUGAACUACUGAAGAUUCAAGUCAAUGAUGUUCUUAACAAGAAAAUAAAUGCAAGAAAAAUGUAUAAGAAACUGCUAGAUUUAAAAGUUAAACAAGGGGCCAAGCAGAAUAAUAAGCAUGCAACAAGUAUGCUCCAAAAAAAUUGGGACGAUAUUAACUCAUUAGUAAUGCCAUCAAGUUCUGGAUCAUUUGGACUCGGGGAUGGUGAUUUGGUUGACUUGGAUCUUGACACACACGAUUAUGAUUUUCUGCAUAAAGAGAAUGAAAUUGAACUGGAGAAAGAAUAUCAGGAUUUGUUGAAUCAUGUUAUUGAUGAAAGUGAAAUUGAUAAAUUGAGAUCACAAGUUUUCGCACAAAGAUUGAAGGAGUAUCUAGAAGCACAAGUAGCUAAAAAGUAA